UGUCCAAUAAUCCGGUAAUAACAAACACCCCCGCAUUUGACAGCAGCCUCCAAAAUAUCACAGCAGCCUCAACCUGUCAUUCAGCAAACUCACCUGGAAACAGUCAUUUUUCGUCCGCCUGGCAUGGCUCGUUUCGGCCUCCUUCACUCACACCAGUGAGUUCCCAGCCUCUCUGGUCCCCACCAGCCCAUCAGCAGCCUCCUAAAAAGGCUCCAAGAUGCUGCGAGAGAGCUCCAAGGCUUGGAGCAACGGCUCAGAGGCCUACAGCAGCGACCCCGAGGAGGAUGAGGAGGAGGAAGAGGACAUGGUGUUUGGGGAGAGCGAUCACGACGGCGUGGCGGAGGAGAUGAUGGAUCUGAGCGACCUUCCCACGGCGCUCUUCGCUUGCAGCGUCCACGAAGCUGUGUUCGAGCAGGACGUACACAGGGAGAGGUUUGAGGCAUUGUUUAGGAUCUACGAUGAACAGACAACUUUCCAGAUGUUCAAAAGCUUCCGGAGAGUCCGGAUCAACUUCAGCACCCCGGAGGCAGCUGCCCGCGCACGCAUCGAGCUGCACGAGUCAGAGUUCAACGGCAAGAAGCUGAAACUCUACUUCGCUCAAAUCCAGAACGGCGAUGAGGACAUCGACAAGUCGUACCUGGCACCUCCACAGCCAGUCAAACAGUUCCUGAUCUCACCGCCUGCCUCGCCACCGGUGGGCUGGAGCCAGAGUGAAGACGCUACGCCCGUCAUCAACUACGACCUGCUGUGUGCUGUAGCCAAGCUAGGACCUGGUGAAAAGUACGAACUACACGCAGGAACAGAGUCCACCCCCAGCGUGGUCGUCCACGUGUGCGAGAGCGAGACAGAGGAGGACGAGGCGGCGCGGCCAAAGCAGCAGAUCGUCCAGACCAGACGUCCCGACGGACCCCCCAAAGUCUUCAAUUAGAGAGGCCUCCCCACCCCGACACCGGUGCGGCCCCCGACCGCCCCUUAAAACCCGCAACACACCUGCCCUCUCUCUCUCGUCUCUGCACUCACAGAGAGCGUCGAUGCCCCUCAUUUCAGUUCAACUACAAGCAAAAACACACCAACAAACAUUGCUCGAAGACGGUGUUUGUGGGGAGCGUGGCGAUGGAAUGAGGUGGCUUGAAGGGGAUGGAUGAGAAUCACACACACACUCAUCACAUUCUGCGGACAGCGUGGGGAGCGGCGGGCACGCUUUGCCUCCACUCCACCAAUCCCCCCUCCUUUUCAGCAAGAGGGGUGGAAAAAUACCUGUCCCAACGCAGGCACCUGUCACUUAUCACACACACUCAGCUCUCAUUGCUAGUCCUGCUCAGCAGCUUGGUAGUCAGUUAGCUUGUUAGCCGUACCUCUCCCUAUCACUCUCAUGUGUACAUCUUUGGUUGGGGACAAAAAGACAAGUUUUUGGGGUCUUUUUUUGUUUUUUUUUCCUUUUUUUUCUAACGAUAAAUUGUGUUUUCAGGUUGUAUUUACAGUAUGUGUCUAUUUUUUUUCUUCUUUUUUCAACCAUUUUCAUAUCUGCUGGUUUGCCGCUUCAGCUUGCAUCAAGAUUGAGUGUGUGAUGUUCCCGCUCUUGUCUGCAUGUAUAUACUGUAUUACAAAAAAUACGUACAGAAACACAAAUACUAACAAGAUAUAUCAAGAAAAAGGAACCUAUUUAACAUCACACACAGCACAAAGCGCCAUACGUGACUAACAAAGUUGUGGUGGUUGUUUGACUUUCUUUUUUUCCUUCCUGUUUUUUUUUUUGUUUUUGCUUUUUAUCUUUUUUUUUAUUUGGAGAGGUGUUGUUCUUUGCUAAACUACUAGAUGUGUAUUCUUACUAUGUAUUUGAUACCCCAACACUUUUUGCAUGCUUAGUUACUUCUGUAGAUGAGGAGCUGAGGUGUUUUUUUUUUUUAAAUCGUCGUUUGUGAUGACAGGGAAAUGGUGUGACGCUUUUGACGUAAGUGCAUAUUCCCGCACAGAGUUUAAAGUGACGUCUUUUGGGGGAGAGAAAAAAAAAACUAAGCUGGAUGGGUUUUUCGCAAGAUUGACAGUUGAGAAUUCAACUUGAUGACAAAUUUUCAUUUGUCGCUUUUGUUGAGAUUUACUGGAUUGGAGACAGUUCAUCCCUUAUUUCUUCAAGAGGAUUGGGAUGUUUUUUUCUGAUUCUGUUUGUUGUAAAUCACAUCUUUAGUGUCUCAUUUAUGUUGUUUGAACUAAACCCACUUUCUAUGUGUCAGGUUUCCUCUGAAACCUUCUACUGCUUGUUUUGCACUGAGAAUCUCUUGAUAUCUCCGAGCGGGGACUCUUGACGUCUCCUGCUGCUCACCAGAAUACUGCACUGCUUUUUUCGCUGUACAUAGCUGAGCGAUAAAUUUGUGGAAAUAUUUCUUUUAGAUAUUGCAGUUUACCUGAAAGCAUUUUGCGGAGAAAAGGGAAAAUUAGGUAGCCUCAUGAGAUACCAACUGAUAUACCAACCAAAGCAUUCACUCACCUCACAUUUUCAUCACAGCAUAAAAUGAUUUUUUCUUACUCAGAAACACUGAUGUAUAUUGUUCAACUAAGCAGAAAGAAUCAUAUUUUCACAGCCCUGUUGCAGUACUUUGUAUUGCAGUUUUUUCUCAUUUUAUAGUUACAUACUUUUUUGCAGUAUAUACUUUAGUGGAAACCUGAACAAAUCCUCAAUUACACUUUUUUGCACCCUACAGUCCCAUGUCAUAUCAGUGUUCUUCACCCGCAUUUAAUGAAAUAUUUCAGUGAUUCAAAAGCAACAUGAACUAAUGCUUUUAACCAGGCUUUUGGGUGUCAUUGGUGAGUCUAAACCUUGUUUAUGCCAUUAGGCAGCAUGAAAUCUAAAGUGAAUUUUUUGCUAUAUAACAAUAUUAGUAAUCAGAAGACAAGUCUGUGUGCAUGUGAGCACUUUAUUGUUAGUAUUUAGUUUGUUUCCUCCACAUUGAGAGUCUUUUUUUCGAGACAAAAUAGGAAACAUUGUAUUUCUUCAGUUUUACUUCUUGUGUUUUUUUUUUUCUUUUUCUUUUAUCUCAAGCUAAACACCUGGUUAGCCUUUUCACCAGCAUAUUGCAGUGAGUGAAACACUCCACUUCCUUUUUGCUAGUGUGAACCUUUCAGGCCUUUUGGAUCUAGGGGAGUGUACCACUGAAAAGAUGUAGACAUGCAGUAGGUUUAAAAUGAGGUAGGAUGACACUACAGAACAAAAUCAAUACCUUUGUUUUUGUGUUUGUCCACAAAGAAACAUUCAUCUUAUCUUCUGAGAAAGCUAAACAGUUCUUUGAAAUGCACCAUGUUGGCUGAGUGCACUUUUAUUAGCGCUACAGUGAAGCUGUCGCAGUUAUCUAAGCAGACAGCAGACUGGUGGAACUGCUGAGGUGGAUGUUGAUAAAGAGGAAGCAGCAGAGCAGAAGGAAAGACACUCGUGAAGAUUUUUUUACUAUGUGGUCAUGGUGUUUAAAACUGUCGCAUUUUGGUCACAGUUGAAAAGAAAAUGUAUAUUUAUGUACAUAUGCCAAGUGUUUUUCUGUUGCUGAGGCCAGUCCCAGUGUGCAGUUUGUUAUGGCUUCUCUUGGCAAUGUUGUAAUGGAAACAAAAAACAAAAAAAAAAUGACAAAAAUGUGUAACAAUAAGUCCUGAAGAUGCUCGAUCAAAAACCAACUGUCAUUGUGUUGUGUUCAACAUGGACUCUGUUUGAAUGUUUCUUUUAUUUCUGGGGAACGUCUACUAAAAAGCUCAAUAAUACCGUUUGUCACUGUUGUACUGUUUCUGUUGAAAUCUGAAUAUUGUGUCUUGUAUUGUAGGAAUCCAGAAAACAAAGUAGCAAAACAAGCAAUAAUUUACAGUUCUAUAAUACCAGUAUGUGUAUUUUCAUGUUCUGUACUUAUUUCUCAGAGAUGGUCUCUGUCUCUUACAGUAUCCGCUUCUAUUUGUGUAGUAUAAUAGUCAUUUGUUUCACAUAGAAAAAUACAUAAAGACUUAUUCUUAAAAGAAA